AUCGAUUUGAACGGGGGAUUUCCCUCUAACCCGGCAACGCGUGACACGCAAGUCUGAGCCAAUCUCCAUUCCUCCCACCAGGGGUCGUGCAGUGGGUCCCCUUUGGUGACCCCCCCCCCCCGCCAAUGCGCUCCCUACUCCGUCUCGCCGUCUCCAGGGGUCCGGGCCCCCUCUGCAGAGCCCCCAGGACCAUGGCCUCGGCACCGCGGCCCCCGGCAGGCCGGCCCGGCCUCCUUGGGCCCGAGGAGCGAGAGGAGAGGCUGGCGGAGCUCGGCGAGGCCGGCUGGACGGUGGCCGAGGGACGUGACGCGCUCACCAAGAGGUUCACCUUCGCCAGCUUCAACCAGGCGUUUGGGUUCAUGACGCGCGUCGCGAUGCAGGCCGAGAAGAUGAAUCACCACCCAGAGUGGAGCAACAUCUACAAGCAGGUGAGCGUGACCCUCACGUCGCACGACUGUGGUGGGGUCACGGAGCGCGACGUGCGGCUCGCUCGCUUCAUGGACAGAGCGGCCGCCACCACCACUACCACCGCCGCAACCACCGCCGCCACCACCGCCACCACCGCCACCACUGCCACCACCGCCACCACGGCGACGACGAAGACGACGUGAAGAGGGGGCGGCACACGAGCUCUGUGUGCCCACGAAGACAACGAUCGUGAUGAAGAUGAUGGUGGUGAUGGUGGUGACAGUGACGACGACGAUAAGCAUGAUGCCUGUGAUGUAAGCAUGAUGUUAACAACGGUGAUGAUGAUCACUGCAGUGAUGGUGAUGACAGUGACGAUGAUGACGAAGAUGAUAAGGAUGAUGUCUACGAUAUGGAUGAUGUCUACGACGAUGAUGACGACCACCACGAUAUGACAACGAUGAUGACGACCACCACGAUAUGACAACGAUGAAUCGUAUGUUUGACGAUGGCGAUGAUGACGACUGAUGAUGGUGAUGCAAGCGAUGGAACUCCGUGGGUGACCCGUGCUCCGGUGAACACCAGUGACAGCGCGGGGGUGACGGUGGCGAUAAUAGUGAUGCCAAUGAUGAUGUCGAAGGUGAUGAUGGUAACCAAGAUGAUGACAUCAUGUCAGUGGUUGGUUGAUGGUGACAGCCGUGAUGAUGGUGAUUUGACCGGACGCUACAGACGUUUUCACGAUAUUUCUCUUCACAAUAAAUUGAGAUGCUUGCUUUCGUCGGGAA